ACAAGAUGUGACCGGUCAAUGGAUAAAACAAAAGGCAAAACCGUUUACUUUGUCUAGUAUCUAGGUGUCCUUCUCAUGCACAGGCAACAACGAUGUGGAUCACGGUGGGUUUGGUCUGCUGCUUAAUCUUUGGAGGGCUGCGUUGGGCUGGCAGCUCUUGUCCGUCUCAGUGUAGCUGCACCUUCCAUAGUCUCAGCGAAGGAACAAAAGCCAGGACUGUGCUGUGUAAUGACCCUGAGAUGACUCUCACGCCUGUGAAUAUUCCUGUAGAUACAUCUAAGCUUCGGAUAGAAAAGACAGCCAUCAGGAGGGUGCCGGGGGAAGCCUUGCAUUCACUCCACAACCUGGAGUACCUCUGGAUGCCCUAUAAUUCCUUGGCCAGCCUCAGCGUGAUCACCUUCAAGGGCCUCCGUCGCUUACAGGAGCUGAGGCUGGAUGGAAAUGACUUAAUAUCAUUCCCCUGGGAAGCCCUUGCUGACAUGCCCCAGCUAAGGCUUCUGGAUUUACACAAUAACGAACUCACCUCAGUCCCCCCAGAUGCUGCUCGUUACAUCAAGAAUAUCACCUACCUGGACCUGUCUAGCAAUAAACUGAUGACUCUUCCUCAAGCUCUUAUUUCCACCUGGGCCAACCUCCAGGCAGUUCCUUACUUUCCCAAUGAUAAUUCCAAAAUCAUCUUAGGUUUGCAAGACAAUCCUUGGGUGUGUGACUGCAGUCUAUAUGAAAUGGUCCAUUUCCUAAAUUUCCAGUCGCCUAACAUAGCAUUUAUAGAGCCCAGGCUGAAAUGCUUCACCCCCCGGAGUCUUGCAGGAGUCUUCUUCAGCCAGGUUGAGCUAAGGAAGUGUCAAAGCCCAGUUGUACAUACAUCUGUAGCUAAAGUAAAGACCAUCCUGGGCAGCACCGUCUUACUGCGAUGUGGAACAACAGGGGUGCCCAUUCCCGAGCUCAGCUGGAGAAGGGCUGACGGUGCUCAACUGAAUGGCACAGUGCACCAAGAAAUUUCUAGUGAUGGGAUGAGCUGGUCUAUUCUGGGCUUGCCUGUGGUCUCUUAUCUUGAUUCUGGAGAGUACAUCUGUAAAGCAAAGAAUUUCCUGGGAGCAACAGAGGCGUUCAUAUCCCUCAUCAUCACUGAUUCAGAAAGCACAGAUGACCCCAGCUCUAACGCUAAAGGUGUUUGGAGUGGAAAGGCAAGCGGGAUGGAGGCGGCUGCCUACAAUGACAAGCUAGUGGCGAGGUACGUUAUCACCACCUCGACUGUACCUACCCUGGGAGCCAAAACAGGCUCCGAAGAGAACCUCGUCCUCCAAAAUGCGGCACAGAACGGCAACUCACGAAACCUCCUGGCGAGUCCACCUACCAGUCAGCAGGAGCCAGAGCGAAUCGUGAGGUCAGUCAGGGUGAUAGGGGACACCGACCAAAGCGUCACCCUGGCCUGGAAGGCGCCUCUGGCAAAGAACACGACAGUAUUCAGUGUCCUCUAUGCCAUUUUUGGAGAGAGAGAUAUGCGGCGGAUCAACGUGGAGCCAGGGAAGACCAAGGUCACCAUUUAUGGGCUGCUGCCGAAGACCAAAUACAUCAUGUGUGUCUGCGUGAAAGGGCUGAUUCCCAGGAAGGAGCAGUGCAUCAUAUUUUCCACAGAUGAAGUUGCCAGCGCAGGGGGAACCCAGAAGCUCAUCAAUGUGGUUGUGAUCAGCGUGGCCUGUGUCAUUGCUGUUCCUCUGACUCUGGUGGUCUGCUGCGGAGCACUGAAAAGGCGCUGCAAAAAGUGCUUAGUGCGGAAACCCAAGGAAAUUCAGGACUCCUAUGUCACCUUUGAAAGCCUGUCUCCCGGGGCCAAGGCGAAAGGGGUCGAAGGAGAAUACUUGACUAGACAUACACCAGAUGAGUCUAACAGGUUGCUGUCUGCCCGCUCCAGUGUGGACUCGGAAGCAAUACCAAAGAUAGAGGGGCAACCUAAUGAAUACUUUUGCUGAUUGUAACUUGUGCUGUGAAAGCACACACGGCUGUAUAUAUAACUCUGUUCUACAGACUUAACGUCGCAGGUUGCUGUGUCAAUGCUAAUGUCUCCUGACAUGCUCUGGAGGAGGGUGCAAGAGGUUAAUGGUGCCCAAGCUUUACAGGAACAUAUUACUCUCCCCACUUGGGGUUUGCUGUUUUGUGACCAAUCAAAAACUUCUGUGAUAACAGUCAUAUUCUCCUGGAUGACUCUUAAUUUUGCAAAAUGAGGGGUGCACACUGAGUGUGAGAACAUUAAGCAACAUUUUUGAGCAAAUGGUGUUCAGUGUUGUUUAGUACCUGCUCUGCAGUAUGCUGAGUAUUUUAUUCUCAGAUUUUUUUGAAGUUCUUUAGGUUGACAGCCUGGAGAGCAUUCAAUAAUUUUCUUGUAAGUGUAUCUACAAAUGUGAAGAUUGAUAGUCUUAUCUGUUACAGCCACCACCUUUACAUGACAUAUGCAGCUUGAUGCCUAAGAGAUCACUAAAUGCAGACAUACAGCAACCUUUAUAUUAUGUCCAACAUAAUAACAGCUUUAUGCUCUGAGUUCAGAGAAAUGUGCAAAGAUACAAAUCAAGAGACAAAAAACAAUCCACUCCUAAGAAUACAUAAUAGGGAGUGCUUUGUGGUGACAUUUUGGCCCUGACCAUGUUUUUU